ACCACUCUGCAAGGUAAAAAGAUGGCCUAUCAGAAAGUUAACGCAGAUCAAAGAGCUCCAGGACACUCGCAGUACUUAGACAAUGAUGACCUUCAAGCCACUGCCCUUGACCUAGAGUGGGACAUGGAGAAGGAAUUGGAGGAGCCUGGUUUUGAUCAGUUCCAGCUGGAGGGUAUUGAGAAUCAGAACCUGGGGCAUGCAGAGACUGAGGACCUUAAUCUUGAUUCCAUUCAACCAGCAACUUCACCCAAAGGAAGGUUCCAGAGACUACAAGAAGAGUCUGACUAUGUUAACAGUUAUACAAGAUCUGCACCAAAGAGCAACCGCUGCAACUUUUGCCGCCUGUUGAAAAUACUUUGCACAGCAACCAUUUUAUUUAUUUUUGGAAUUUUGAUAGGUUAUUAUACACAUAAAAAUUGCCCUUCAAAUGCUACAUCUUCAGGAACAGACAAUCCUCAUUUAUACCAAGAGAUUCUCAAGGCAAUUCAAGCAGAAAAUAUUAAGAAGAUGUUCAGAAAUUUGGUCCAACUCUAUAAAAGUGAAGACGACACAGAAAUUUCAAAGAAGCUUAAGACUCUGUGGACAUCUUCAGGCCUAGAAGAUGUACAGCUUGGAAAUUACUCUGUGCUGCUUAAUCUGCCAGGCCCUUCUCCUAGCACCGUGACUCUGAGGAGCAGCGGCCAGUGCUUUCAUCCUAAUGGCCAGCCAUGUGGCGAAGAAGCCAGGAAAGAUAGCAGCCAAGAUCUGCUCUCCUCAUAUGCAGCCUAUUCUGCCAAAGGAACUCUCGAGGCUGAAGUCAUUGAUGUGAAUUAUGGAACUGCAGAUGAUUUAAAAAGGAUUCAAAAAAUGAAAAAUGUAACAAAUCAGAUUGCACUCCUGAAAUUAGGAAAAUUGCCGCUACUGUAUAAGGUUGGUGAAAUAGCUGUGGCAGGAAUUGGUGUCCUUAUUCUAUAAGACAGGACAUACCUUAAGCCAGUAGAACUGCCCCACACAGUUUCCAAGGAGCACCAGACCUUCAUGGUUCAGUGGAGCCCAGGUGGCACAAAUGUAUCUGUAGGAUAUCCCUCGAUUUGUGGAAGCUUUAGACAAAACCGAUCAAACCUCACGUCUCUCCUUGUGCAGCCCAUCUCUGCUUCUCUCGUGGCAAAACUGAUCUCUUCACCAAAGGAGAAAACUCAAAACGAUGUCUGUAGCCCUCUCAAACUUCCAAGUAAUGAAAUAAGAAUUGUCAGCAUGCACAUUCAGACAGUCACAAAAUUCAAAACAAUUACAAAUGUUGUUGGAUAUUUAAAGGGCUCAACAUCUCCAGACCGCUAUAUCAUAGUUGGCAGCCACCACCAUACUGCAUACAGUUAUAAUGGACAAGAAUGGGCCAGUAGCACUGCCAUAAUCACAGCUUUUAUCCAAGCCUUGAUGUUAAGAGUUAAGAAAGGGUGGAGACCAGACCGCACUAUUGUUUUCUGUUCCUGGGGAGGAACAGCUUUUGGCAAUAUUGGCUCAUAUGAAUGGGGAGAAGAUUUCCGGAAGGUUCUGCAGAGAAAUGCUGUGGCUUAUGUUAGCCUGCAUAAUCCCAUAAGGGGUAACUCAAGUCUACUUCCUAUAGCAUCACCUUCUCUUCAGCAGCUCAUAGCAGAGAAAAAGAAUUUCAGCUGUACCAGACGAGCUCAGUGCCCAGAAACCCAUGUCAGUUCUGUCCAGAUACAAGGUGAUGCUGAUUAUUUCAUCAACCAUCUUGGAGUUCCAACCCUGCAGUUCGUUUAUGAGGACAUCAAAGCAUUAAAGGGUCCAAGCUUUCUCUCUGAGGCCCUUUUUCCUAAACGUACAACAAAAAUUGAAGAAAUGGAUCCUUUUUUCAACCUUCAUGAAACCAUUACCAAGGUAGGGGAGGAAUGUAUUCAUGAACAGGGUAAUCAACUCAACACUCAUCAGCUGCUAGCCAUGGCGUCACACCUGCGGGAAAGUGCAGAACUCUUUCAGUCAGAUGAGAUGCGUCCUGCUAACAAUCCCAAGGAGCGAGCUCCCAUCCGCGUCCGUAUGCUGAAUGACGUUCUCCAAGACAUGGAGAAAAACUUCCUGGUGAGGCAGGUGCCACCAGGUUUUUAUCGAAACAUCCUGUACCACCUAGAUGAGAAGACAAGCCAGUUUUCCAUAAUCCUGGAGGCUUGGGAACACUGCAGAUCACUUCCAUCAAAUGAAACCCUUCAGGAAGCCCUGUCAGAGGUGUUGAACAGCAUUAAUUCAGCUCAGGUUUACUUCAAAGCAGGACUUGAUGUGUUUGAGAGUGGCUUAGUUGGAAAGAACUGA